AUGUUCUUCUCCACUUCUGCCUCCUACAGUAUCGGAGGCUACGGCUCUUUUAAGGAUGUCAUCACGUUGGCAAACAUCCUCAAGCUGUUCAAUCCCAACCUGGUCGGAGCAGCUCCCGGCAAGACGGUCCACGGGAUGCAGGCUCACAUCAGUGAAACGGGCUUCAACCUGGCUGUGACCGGACACAACACUUUCAACCUCCCCAGCCAGACAAGACAUUUGAUUGACACACUGAGAGGAUAUGAGGGUCUGAACUUCGAGAAGGACUGGAAGCUUGUGACCAUUCUCAUGGGCAUGAAUGACAUCUGUGAUUAUUGCAAAGAUAAGGCUCUUUUCUCGGCGGAUAACUUCAUUCACUAUAUGACCGUCUCCUUGGAAAUGCUGAUGAAUGAGGUUCCUCGUAUGAUCGUCAACGUGGCUCAGAUCCUGCCCAUGCAAACUCUGAGGGAGGUUCAGAAGCCCACGCCGGGGUGUCUGCUCCAACGGUCGUUCUGUUCGUGCCUGAUAGAGCCAGUAGCCGGGUCUCAGGAACUACGGGAGCUGGUGGAGGUCAAUCUGGAGUUCCAGAAAAAACUGGAGGCUCUGCUGCACAGCGACCGCUUCUUCAGGGACAACUUUGCUGUCGUCCAUCAGCCUUUCCUCAAACACGCUGACCCUCCGCGCCUCCCGAGCGGGAAGAUCGACAUGACCUUCUUCACUCACGAUUGCUUCCACUUCACCAUCAAGGGACACGAGGAGCUGGCCAAGGGACUUUGGAACAACAUGUUUCAGCCGGAGGGAGGAAAGAUGAUUGUGAACAGUUUCUCUGACCCCAUCACGCUCAACUGUCCACCGAUGGAUCACCCGUACAUCUUCACUCGCCCCAUCACAGCCAGGUCAGACCAGCCUCCUCUUCAGGCCGACGCUCCAUCAAAAGCAGCCAUCUUGCUGCUCUCGCUUCUUGUGGGACGUCUCUGUCUCGUGUAGCCUUCACUUUGCAGAGCUGUUUUUACAAACUCCUCUGUGGAGCUCUGCGUGUCUGUGAGAGAAGUGACUGCAGUCUGAAGAUCUGUAAUGUGAAUCAUGCGACGUAACUAUUUCAUAUUUAAUAUUUAGAGGCAGUUGGAGUGGGAGGUGGUGGCGAGUUUCACUUUUUGUUGUUGGUGAGCUGCUCUCCGGAGAAAGUUUUUUCUAUUUUCCAUUUAUCACGGCCGCACCAAAUGGCUGAUCAGUUCCUUCCCACACUUUGAAUUAUAAUUAUAUACUGGUGGUGUAUUUUUAAGAAAAAGGUCUUAACAUGUACAAGGGCAAUCAUGGGAUGCAUACCUCCACCAAGGCUGUUCGGUCCCCUCAUGGAAACACAUCCACCAGAAACCCUUUUUUCAAUUGGAUCACACACUCUUAAAUAUCAGUCCCCUAAAAAUCUUUGGGUGUUCUCUUCAUCUGAAUUCAAUGAAUUGCUAAAAAAAAUUUAAACACUCCUCUCCCAAAGUUAAAAAAAAAGUAACUUCCUGGAUCCUUCCCCUGAUCCGGAUCCUUCCCCUGAUCCAGAUCCUCACCAAAGAUUAGUGGUUUCUACCUUGGCACAUGUCCUGUCCUUCCACAAAUAUUCAUGGGAAUCUUUUCAGUUGCUUUUGGGUGGUCUUGCUCACAAACCACCUUCUUGAGUGCGAAUUUAACGCACUCAAGAAGGUGGUGAGGUAAAAACCCUUUAAUAUCUCAUCAACACCAUAAACUUUGUGGAUCCCCAAACUGAAGAGCACCCGAGGUCACCACAUCCGAGGAGCACUGCUUACCAACAAAAUAACAGACUGGGUUGGAAACAUACCCUCCUUGGUGGAGGUAAAGUUACUUGAUAUCAAUUUGCAGAUGUUGUAAUUUCGAAAAAACGGUGCUAAUAUUGGAUUUGUUCAUCUGACAU